CAUUAAUAAAAUUAUAAAAUGGAGGAACCAAAGAGUAAACCAAAAAAUCUUGCUUGCAUGAAUAGAAGUCCUGGUCCUACAUACCAGUUGAAAAGUUUAACUGGUUUUGAAAAUCAUGAUCCUUCGCGAUACAGAUAUCCAGCGUACUCAAUAAGAAUUAAACCAAAAACCAAAGUAGUCAGUACUGGUCCAGGACCUUACCCAGUGCCUGGUUACUUUACACGCUAUGGACCUGAAAUUCCUCCAGCUUACACCAUGCAAUUCAAGCCUAAACAAAGAACUGGAACUCGAAUCCCAGGUCCAGGAGCUCAUGCACCAGAAAAGUGUCCCCUUGCAAAUCACAGUAAAAAUUCACCUGCAUAUUCAAUGAUAUUCAGGAAUGGUAAAAUGCCUAUUAAAGAAGGUCCUGGACCAAUUUAUAUGGUACCCACAUGCAUCGGCCCAGAGAUACCCGACAUACGCGCAGAAGGAGCUUAUUCUAUGGCAUUCAAACGCAAAGAAAAAAUACGAAGUCUAGGUCCUGGUCCAGCAGCUUAUGAAAUUAAGCUCAAUGUAUAUAAAAAGCAGAAUCCCGCUUUUUCUAUGAAAUUUGGGCGCAAAUUCGAUUAUCAUAAGAACGUGCCAGGACCACAGUACAGUUAUGACAUAAAUCUCGUGAAAAGACAACAACCCAAAUAUUCGAUUGGAGUCAAAUACAGUGAAUGUGUCAAUGUCGGGUUGAUGGAAAACGAUGAUUAA